AUGGCUCCCUGGACACAUCUCAUCCGCUUCAUCGCCGAAGAAGACGGCCAGAUCCAUCUCGGCCAAAUCAACCCCCAGGAACACCCAGACAUUGGCCUCUCAGCAUUCGAAGGCAAAAAGAUAGCCGCAAAGCUCAUCACAGGCUCCAUCUUCGACGGCCAAGUCAUCGAGAAGACACUGACAGUCUCGCGCCUCCUCGCCCCCGUGUCCAUUGAAGAUGUCCCCAUCAUUCGAUGCAUGGGCCUCAACUACCGCGACCAUGCGGCCGAGGCAAACAUGCCGAUUCCCGACGUCCCAGUGCUGUUCAUCAAGCCUCGCACAGCGCUGAAUGGACCGUAUCCAGCGAAGAUCAAUGUUCCUGCUUUGGCGCAGGAUGGAUCUAGUGACUAUGAGGCGGAGCUGUCGUUUGUGCUGAGUAGAUCUGGGCGGGAUAUUCCUGAGGAGGAUGCUAUGAGCUAUGUCUUGGGGUAUACGAGUAGUAAUGACGUUAGUGCGAGGACGCAGCAGUUUAAGAAUAGCCAAUGGUCUUUCUCGAAGGGUCUGGAUGGAUCUUGUCCCCUUGGUCCUGUUCUCGUUUCACCGUCUGCUAUUUCCGAUCCGCACAAGCUGCGCAUCAGGGCUAUUCACAAUGGAAACGUGGUGCAGGACUCUAAUACAAAGGAGAUGAUAUUCAGCAUCCCGCAGAUCAUCUCGUUCCUUUCACAGGGCACGACAUUGGAAAAGGGGACGGUGAUUAUGACGGGAACUGGGCCAGGGAUCGGGGCGAUGCGUAACCCUAAGGUUGUGCUGAAUCAUGGCGACGAUAUUAGAGUUGAGAUUGAGCAAAUUGGGACACUCGUCAACAAGGUGCAUUACGAGUAG